AUGGAUGAGAUCCCUCAAGGACCCCAGGCUUCUGAGGCCCUCCGCAUUAAAGCUGUGUUCCAAACCCCAGAGCUGGAGGAGAGCAAUGCCUGGAUGGCAGUGAAGGAGGCUCCAAUGGAGAACACCAUGACCAUCAGCCUCACCAACCCUCCCGAUGCUGUCAUUGGCUGCUACCAGCUGAGCACCAAGGUUUCCUCUUGCCGCAAACACAGUAACCGGAAUCUGGGCGAGUUUGUUCUGCUUUUCAACCCAUGCUGCCCAGAUAGGAGCUCCUGAGAUGAUGUGUUUCUGGCCGCAGAGGAAGAGAGACAGGAGGACUACGUGCUCAAUGACAGCAGGAUCAUCUUCCGAGGAGUGGAGAAGCACAUCCGAGCCCAAGCCUGGAACUUCGGGCAGUUUGAGGAGGACAUCCUGAACAUCUGCUUCUGCAUCCUGGACCGAAGCCCUAGUCACCAAGAUGACCCAGCCACCGAAGUGUCCCACCGCCACGACCCCAUCUACGUCACUGGAGCCAUCAGCGCCUUGGUGAACAGCAACAACGACCAGGGGGUGGUACAAGGCCAGUGUCAGGGCAAGUACAGUGGCAGCACCAGCUCACUGCACUGGCGUGGCGGCGUGGCCAUUCUGCACAAGUCGUUCAAGGGCAGGUUCAAGCCAGUCAGAUACGGCCAGUGCUGGGUCUUCGCUGGAGUCAUGUGUACAGUCUUGCAAGCAUCCUGCUCUUCACUCCUUGGGUGCUUGGGGAUUGCGACACGGGUUGUGUCCAAAUUUAACUUGGCCCAUGACAUGGGCAGGAACCUGAGUGUGGACAAGUACAUGGACUCCUUCGGGCGGACGCUGGAGGACCUGAUGGAGGACAGCAUGUGGAAUUUCCAUGUCUGGAAUGAGAGCUGGUUUGUCCGGCAGGACCUGGGCCCCUCUUACAAUGGUUGGCAGGUUCUGGAUGCCACCCCCGGGGAGGAGAGCGAAAGCGUGUUCCAGUGCGGCCCGGCCUCGGUCACCGCCAUCCGCGAGGGCGACGUGCACCAGGCCCACGACAGUCCUUCUGUGUUUGCGGAGGUCAACGCGGACUACAUCACCUGGCUCUGGAAUGAGGAUGAAGCCGGGAGCGUGUGUCCUCAGACACUAAGUACUAAGAAGAUCGGGAGGUGCCUCAGCACCAAGGCAGUGGGCAGCGACUCCCGCGUGGACAUCACCAGCCUCUACAAGCAUCCGGAAGGAUCCCAGAAGGAGAGACAGGUGUACAGCAAGACCAUGAAGAAGCAGUUAAGAGUGGAAACCUCUGGAAGGAGGGCCCAGGUCCACAGUGUGGGCAGCCAUGAUCUCUGGCGUGAUGACCUCCUGGAGCCUGCCCCUAAGCCCAGCAUCACUGGAAAGUCCAAGGUGCUGGAGCCACCCAUGCUGGGCCAUGACCUGAGGCUGCUCCUUUGCUUGGCUAACCUCACCUCCCGGGUCCAGCGGGUCCAAGUCAACAUGAGCAGUGCCACCAUCCUUUACACCCGCAGGCCGGUGGCAGAGAUCCUGCACGAAUCCCAUGCAGUGAAGCUGGGGCCAGAAGAAGAUAAGAAUGCCACAGCUGGGAUGUGA